ACCCGACCCGAUCUUAGUGCCAAAGCUCCAUUCACCCGUCUCUGUUUCCCAAUUUGACGCUCUCUCCUUUCUUUCUCUCCGUUCCUCUCAAAAUCAAAGGUCUCCUUCUUCCUUCUUCUCACUCCCAUCAAACCCUAAUUCCUCCUCCCUAAUCGCUAAAUCCAUGGCGACAUUGGACUCCGACGUCCCGAUGGUUCCCGUCGGUGAGGGCUCGAGCUCUGCAGGUCCGUCCUCAACCAAGAAGCCCAAGCGAUUCGAGAUCAAGAAGUGGAACGCCGUCGCUCUCUGGGCCUGGGAUAUUGUGGUGGAUAAUUGCGCUAUUUGCAGGAACCAUAUCAUGGACCUCUGCAUCGAGUGCCAGGCGAACCAGGCGAGUGCUACGAGUGAGGAGUGCACUGUUGCUUGGGGGGUUUGUAACCAUGCUUUCCACUUCCACUGCAUAAGCAGAUGGCUCAAGACUCGUCAAGUGUGCCCCUUGGAUAACAGCGAGUGGGAAUUCCAGAAGUAUGGUCACUAGGAUCUUUCAUCUGGUGCGGUGUUGGGACUUUCUUUGCACAUCGUCAAGUUUCACCUCUGUGGCAAACUAUGCUUGGACGAUUUUAAGGAUGGUCUUAUAACUUUUGUCUAUCCUUCUUUUUAUAUGUAAUCUGGUCCUUUAUGGAGUUGUUUGUACUGGAAGCCGUAUAUUUUUGCUGUGCAUUUAGCUGGGCAUUGUCUGGAUUGUGAAUUUUCUAUUGUCUAUGGUCAACUUCAUGGCGUUCUUUAUGAAUGAAGUUAUAAAUAUUCAUCCAUAUUGAGUUUGGCUUCUUUUAGA